AUGACUACUCAAGAGGAUUUGCAGUCCACACUGCGCUAUCUUCAAGGCAAAGACAAUGUGCUCUAUGGGGCACCCCGCACCACUCGAGCUCGGCCUCUGUCGGAUGCCACAGAAAUCCUGGACACAGACUUUGACUCCGACUCACAAGAGGAUAACCCCGACGACUCUCCUCGAAGAAGUGUUCGAUCUCUUGGAACAUCCAGUGUUACCACUGCCUCCACGCCAGACGACAUCAAAACACCAGACUCUACUGGACUCACGGGAUUCCACUUCCACAUUGAGGAUAAUGAGAACCCGGUUGCAGGCCCAAUGGGCCCACACCUCUUCCGCUAUUCGAACCGCUCGAUGGAUCUGAAAUCCUCGGUCGAGGUCGAUCUGGUUUUGCAAGACGCCCCCCUCAGCGCCACCACUCCUUUCCACAAGCACGCAUCCAAGCUGGGACCGGAAAGAAGAGAUACUCCCGUUCCUGCCGAUGAGACUCCUCAGGAGACACGGCCUCAGCGCGAGCUUGCAAACCUUACCGACACUAUCUCGGAAUCGAACGAGACUGAUAUUGCAAACUGGACACCGCAAGAUGUCGUCAUGUGGAUGCAAAGGUUGAAUUUUGAGGAGAGUGUCAUCGAGAAGUUCUUCAUCAAUGAUAUUUCCGGGGCCAUCCUUUUGGAACUCCAAUCGGAGGAUUUGAAAGAGCUUGACAUUCCGUCUUUCGGGAAGCGUCAUCAAGUGAUGAACUCGAUUCGGCAGCUUCGCAAUAGUGUCACGAUUCAUCCCGCUGAUGUCCAGCCGUCGUCCCAAGAAGACCCUGUGUCACGGGAAGCCACACCUCAGACUACUAUGGCCGAUGUCGGCAGUAGUUGUGGAAGCCCGGUAACCGAUGAAGAGAAGUCCGACCGCAAGAAGAAAGAGCACAGUCCUCGUCAUCAGCACCGACGUCGUCAGAAGCAAGUGGUUGUGCCCGAGGACUCCGUCUCCAUUGUCGGCAUUGAACAGGUCUUGCCACGACUCCACAGAUGUUCCAAAGGAGAGGACUGUCGCAAGUGGCAGAAGCAGCAAGCAAAGCUUGCCCGUCUUGCCAAGGACCUCCCCAUUGAGUCCCUCAGCGGCUCGGUGAUUGUGACUGGUGACCCAGGGAACGCAACCACUGCACCAAACCUGAACAAGAGCCCAAAGUCCGAUGUGACACCCUCUCUGGUUGCAUCGUCCGAUGCCCUGGGUCCGAAUCAGACUACGGAUGUUCAUUUAUCGAAGGAAAGACUUCAUGGUGUUCAGCCUCGUGAUCCUCAGGAGAAUGUCCGCAACUUCCUGAACUUUCAGCGUCUGAGCCGACUGCAACCAGCAAACGACCCGGCCACUCCUCCAACGGAAACCUUCCCCUCUCCGGAAGCAGACUCUCCAGGAAGUUUAGCUGAGAAUCUGCGCAGCCUUCCAAAGCUCCGCAUUCCCAGUGCUCAUGCUUCUUCCUUGCGAACCUCACAUCUCUCACCCAGCCUCUCCGGCCAACGUACCGUGACGCCGUCGAUUACCCAAAGAAAAUCUUCUCUCCAGCACACUAUCCCCGAAAAUUCCCAAGAGCCAUACGUCUCUGUCUUCUCUCCAUCGGACUUCUACCGUCAAGAUCCGCACUAUGGACAGUCAACGCCUAUGUCAGAAAUGGAUGUUCCUGUGACAGCCAUUCCUGUUGGCCCAAUUGAGCGGCUCUUUUCUCAAUCGGUGCCACCGGACAUGCGAUUCGGGAACGAGGGAUACCAUAUGGCUGACCCGAUCCCUCGCCCUAUGUCUACAAAGGCGGAAAACCACCGGAGAAACAACAGCUCGCAAAACAUUCCUACUCUGACUCGUCUGGAUGAGGGCCAGGUUCUGCGACCGAUUGAUACGCCUGAAGAUCUGGACCGCACCCCUCGAGCUGGCCGCUGCCGCGUGAACCCAUUUAACACCUCGGGAAGCCCUGUGAACGAUGUCAUCCACAGUGGCUGGAUGAAGAAGCGCAAGACUACUCGACUUCUGCGCCAUGAGUGGGAAGACCAUCACUUUGCGCUGCGUGGCACCCAGCUAGCCAUGUAUGCGGAUGAGGAAACUGCCCACCGCGACUCUAAAGCUCUUGAGCAUAUCGAUGUUGAUGACUAUGCUGUCGCCUGCUCAUCGCUCGCCUCCAGCUCGAAGCUGACAGCAGCCUUCAAGAAGACCGUUCUGAAGCGCAAGGAUGACACUCGUGGUGAUACUGCGUUUGCAUUCUCCUUGAUUCCUUCGCCGAGCCACGGCACUGCUGUCGACCGCAAGACCUUUUUCACCAACAAUGGCAAGUCGCAUCACUUCGCUGUCAAGACUCGAGAUGAGCGCAUUGACUGGAUGCGCGAGUUGAUGCUGGCCAAAGCCCUCCGGAGAGGUCGCGAAAGCGGUGCUUCCGUCAAUGUCAACGGCAAUGCCAUCUAG